AUGACACCGGAAGAGAGAUACCUAUUUGACCUGCACGGAUACUUGGUACUGCACGGUGUACUGUCCCCCGAUAUACGUCGGCGACUCAACGAAACGAUAGAUUACCUUGAAACGCUUGAUGAUAGUCAGACAGCAGCCUUGGGCGCUGAACGGAAAUAUCGCACCUCGGACAAUGUUUAUGCCCAAACGGGUGCCCCGUCAGAAGCCGGGUUGGGUGAUUAUGAUUGUGAGGUACUCCGCUAUGGUGGUCCCUUCGAGGAACUUAUUGACCUGCCCCAGACACUUCUCUAUAUUGAGGAGAUGAUCAGUGAGCCAAGCCGGCUUGAUGCAGCCAGCUUUAUGUCACGGAACAGCGGAGGGGCGUUUCGGUUCCAUCACGGUUAUGCGGAGUUACUGCCUUAUAGCGAGUAUGCCUUCCGGGAUGGAGCGUUCAAGUGCGUGAGCGUGAAAAUUGGGUAUGCGCUGACGGACGUUGAUGUCGAAGACGGUUGUUUUGCUGUUAUCCCCGGAAGCCACAAGAGCAACUUCACCAAUCCGCUCGUGGGACAGAUUCCGGAUCCGACCCAUCCACUUGUGCAGCCUCUACCGUGUAAGGCAGGUGAUGCUAUCAUCUUCUCCGAAGACCUAUCCCACGGGGCUGUGGAGAACCACGGCUCAAAGGUACGGCGGACACUGUUUUAUUCCUAUGCACCGGCGUUUCACUGCACUUGGCAAGGCUUGGCAAUGACAGCCGAAGGUUUUGAGCAGCGUGCAACUCCGCGUCGACUCGAACUUAUCCAAGGACCUCCCCCGUUUGCUCAUACAGUCGAAGCUGAUGUUCGCUAA